AGAGAACCGAUCUUUUGACAGAAGUCUAGAAUUCCCGAGGAUUAGACUAGAAUUCACCAAGAAUCUUGGAAUGGUGCCUCUUCCCACUGUAAAUAGCUUGCCCAUCAGGGCAUUCUCUCGAUUUUCUUCGGCCAACCCAUAUUUGAGCUGGGCUUUGCAGGUUCAGGGAGCCCCUCCACGUAUCUUUGUCAUCAACUUGCUGUUGCAGUAUUCAAGAGUCAAAGAGAAGGUGUAGCAAUGCCUGUUCCAGUAGUAAACCGGAAAAUGCUCGAGGAACUUGAAGCUAUGGGAUUCUCUCCAGAGAGCGCAACUAGGGCACUUCAUUUUUCAGGUAAUUCCAACACUGAAGCUGCAAUAUAUUGGAUUUUCGACCAUCAAAACGAUCCAGAUGUUGAUCAGAUGCCAAGGGUAUCAGUCGACCUUGACAUUGAAGGUGCCGAACCAACUUUUGUGACUGAAGAAAUGACAAUGAGAUCACAAGAAUUACAGGAUCAAGCAGAGGAGAAGGAGAAGAAGAACUCUCAAAGAGAAAAGGAAAAGGAAAGGAUUCGAGCAGGUAAGGAACUUCUUGAAGCAAAAACAAAAGCAGAAGACAAUGAAAGAAAGCGUUAUUUGGCAGCAAAGAAAGCAGAAAAAGAUGAAGAGCGAAGAGCUAGGGAGAGAAUUCUGCAGAAACUGCAGAAUGACAAGUUAGAAAGAAGGCGGAUGCUGGGAUUGCCAUCAGAAACCCCUGCCGCUUUAAAACCCCCGUUGCCUAUUGAAGACAAUAGAAGGACUUCAGGUGUUUAUUCUGUUACCAACGCUGGUCAGAUCGGAGACUGUUUGAGGUCUUUGAAGCGCAAACAUAAGGAUGAAGACGCCAGAGUUGAAAGGGCCUUUCAAACACUCCUGAUAUAUGUGGGCAACGUCAUGAAGAAUCCUGACAAUGAAAAGUUCAGAAGGAUCCGCCUAAGUAAUCCCGCAUUCCAGAGUAGAGUCGGAAGUCUGGAAGGAGGUGUCGAGUUUCUCGAGCUUUGUGGAUUCGAGAAAACCGAUGACGGCAAGUUCUUGUUUCUUCCACGUGACAAGGUCGACUUGGCGGUGCUUAAUCUAGCUGGGACUCAGUUGAAGUCAGCUUUAGACAAUCCCUUCUUUGGACUUCUUCAGAAGUGAAUGAACUUAUUGGGAUUAAAUUUGUUGGUCGGAGAAGCUGUCUUGUAUAUAUGAAGAUUCUAUGAGUAUAAGUGAAAAUGCAAGGUCUUUGACCAAGUACUUCUUCACCUGGAGUUAUGAUUCUAA